AUGCUUUUCAUUACCAAGAUGGUCUCCAUUCUCACCAUUCUCAUGGCCACCACCCUCGAGACCGCAGCUGCUGUCGAGGCUUCAACUUCUGUCGAUACUGCCUUGGCCCCUGCCCACAUUGGCGACAUGACCUACUACGACCCUAGUCAAAGUGGAAACGAGGUUGCCUGCGGCGGAAAAUACGGCCCUAACGACCGCAUUGCUGCCGUCGGUGCCGGUGUCUUCGACCACAGAGCUGUCUGUGGCAAGACUGCGACCGUCUCAUACAACGGAAAGAGCGUCACCGCUACUAUCGUGGAUUUGUGCGACGGCUGUAAGAAUGAUGACAUCGACGUCACUCCUGUCGUCUUUGAGGAGCUUGCUCCCACCCCGUCUGGUCGUAUACCCGGCGUUGCUUGGGACCUCUCUUAG